AUGGCUCCUAAUCUAGAAGAUGUUUUGGAGGUGGAAAAAAGGUUCAAAAAGGUUCUUAGAAUUGAGGAAAUAGAAUCUUCAGGUAAGAAAGUGUCCGAGCUUUCUAUAGGAACUCAAAAGGAAUCCAUUUUGGUUGCUACUGAAGGCCUACAAGCUGUCGACCCUCCUCUGGGAACUCCCCAAGGACCUGAAGCUUUUUCACCUCUUCCUUCACCACCUUCCGAGGUUAGCGUUCCUUCCCAAAGGUUGAGCCCAACUUUUCCUGACAUGGAAGAAGACGGUUCCCUAGGGAACCGUAUGUUGGUUGCUACCAGGAUGUUAAACAUCUUUCCCAAAUCUGACAUUGUAAAUUCAAUCUAG